CCAUUCAAACACUAGCCUAGAGUGAGAAGUGAUUCUAGAUGUUCAAUUCAAUCUACAGAGAACAAAAAGAACCUGAACAUUGACUUCUUUUGCAAAUGGCCAAAAGGGCCACAAAAGAAACCACUAGCAGAAGCUAGAAACAUAAAAAUAUAUCACUGAUAGCCACCUUAUCUUUGUCUGUUGCUUGUUUUCUUCCUUUUCCAAAACUAUUUUUUGUUUCUCUAUUUUCUGCUUUCCUCCUAGUUUCUUGUGCAGCUCUCUGCCUUGGAUUCUUGAAAAGGGCUAAUUUUAUUGAAGUUUUAGCAUGCUUAUGGUUAUGUCCUUCAUGGGUUUUCUUGCUCUUUGCAUUUGAUAAGUGGGCUUUGGAAUGAUGCCUUUUUUGGGGCUCGAGAAAGGAAAACUCGAAACCCCAAUAAUUACUUGAGUAUCAGGAAACACUGUACCAUUCCUGUUCGGUAAGUUUUGUGUACUUCAAACUUCAGUUUUUCAGGCUUUGUUUUCUAUCAGUUACGAUAUUUGUACUUCAGGGGGCAUCGUUGUUUCUAUCAAAUUGUGAAUCAAGAACUAUUUUAGCCGUUUUAUCGAUUUCCAGUGUUGUUAACAUGGAGUCCAUCAAAGUGCAGUCUGAUUUCUUAGCUCCAGAUUCUGGGGAUUUAGUUGAAAAUAGUGAAAAGGGGAAAUGUACAGAAGGGAAGUCAGAGGGUUUCAUUGGGGUUCUUGAUGUUUAUAUACAUCAAGCAAUGGAUAUUCAUAACAUAUGCAUAUAUCAAAAUCAAGAUGUGUAUGCCAGACUUUCCUUGACUGGUGAUCCAGAACAAGUAGUUUCAACUCAAAUUAUUAAUGGUGGGGGAAGGAAUCCAGUUUUUGAUGAAAAUGUUCGGUUAAAUGUCCGAACUAUCGAUUCAUCGGUUAGAUGUGAGGUUUGGAUGCUUAGUAGGGUGCGGAAUUAUUUAGAAGACCAGUUGUUGGGAUUCACAGCGGUGCCUCUUUGUGAAGUUCUCAUUGAGAAUGGUAAACCGGAACAAGAAUUUUCACUCUCUUCAAGUGAUUUAUACCAUUCUCCUGCUGGUUUUGUACAACUUACUCUCACCUACACUGGCGCAUCACCUGAUGUUCUUGAAAUCCCUGCAUCACACUCUUGUACCGUUGUAGAUGUUGCUAAUAAAGAUUCCGAGGUUGAUGAUUCAGUACCCUGUGAACUAGAUAAAAUUGAGUUUCCUGAUCCAGAGAUUGUGAAUGAAAAUGAGAGGAUGGCUUCAGAGUAUUUUGCAAUUCCAUGUCCGGAUUUGGAGUGCAAAAGCGCAGAGCAGUGUGCCUCUGCUUCAAGUGAUGGUCAGCUUACAAUUAGAAAUAAUGGUUGUGUUCAAGAAGCUGUGGCUCUUGAUGGUCAAGGUGCCAAUGAUGUUCCGGUGGGUGAAACUCCUCCAACUAUAUUGAAAAUUGCAGAGCCUCGUUCAGUUUUGGUUCCAAUCAACCCUUCAUCUGUUUCUCAUGAAUUAAGCAUUCCUGAACCUCAGAACCAGGAUGAGGUUUCCAAGUUGAAGGACAAAGGUCCAUCUCCAGUUAAUAACGUUGCAACUGAAGUGCCAGAUAGCACAAUAACCCAGUCUGUUGUGAAUGUGACUAUAGAACCUGAACAAAAGGUGGUUCAACAAGAGAUAGUUGAGAUAUACAUGAAAAGCAUGCAGCAGUUUACAGAGGCUCUUGCAAAGAUGAAGCUUCCCAUGGACAUUGGUGAUAGUUCAGGCGCUGAUAAUGUGGAUAGUAGUACUUCGGGGACCUCUGGCUCUAGUGAGAAGGCAAAUGCAUCAAAAAGUAGUGAACCAAGUCCAAAAGUAUUUUAUGGUAGCAGAGCCUUCUUUUGAUACAUGGUUUGAUGGCUAUUUCACCUGAAGAGAUGUCCUAUACCUAAGCUCCUCACCCUGAUUUUAGCUACCUCUGAUGCUUUUUUUCACUCUUCCUUCCUGGUUAUGGUAACAGGCUAGAUUAAAAAGAUAUUUGUAUCUUUUAGUUUGCCUUGUAUGAAAACUGCAGCUAGUCCUUGAAAAAGUAACAGUCCUCUUCAGCUCUCUUUGUUCUAACUUAAUGUAAGACAAUCACCUUCCCUGUGAAAUGACAAUGAUUUGAUGCUGCUUUAAUAACCUGUACUGGAAUGAAUGUUGUUCUG